AGAUCAGUGAGAUCACCACUUUCUCCCACACAUCAAACUGACCAGUUAAAAACUCUCUGAAGGCGAAGAAAAGUCUCCAAUGGCAUCUGAAGAUCAUCAACAUACCCAUGACCACCAUCACCAUGAUCAUGACCAUCAUCAUGCUGGUGAUUCCUUUAUGGGUAAUGAUGGAAAAGUUUACCAUAGCCAUGAUGGAUUGGCACCACACUCACAUGAACCCAUAUACUCACCAGGCUUUUUCAGUAGAAGAGCUCCUCUUCUUUCCUCUAGAGAUUUCAGAGAAAGAGCUUUUACUAUAGGUAUUGGUGGUCCUGUUGGUACUGGGAAAACUGCUUUGAUGCUGGCAUUGUGUCAAUUCCUACGUGACAAGUACAGUCUUGCAGCGGUGACAAACGAUAUAUUUACGAAAGAGGAUGGUGAGUUCCUCGUGAAGCAUGGAGUACUUCCAGAGGAAAGAAUACGUGCUGUGGAAACCGGAGGCUGUCCACAUGCCGCAAUCCGGGAAGAUAUUAGUAUCAAUUUAGGUCCUCUGGAAGAGCUAUCCAACUUAUACAAAGCUGAUAUUCUUCUUUGUGAAUCUGGUGGAGAUAAUUUAGCUGCUAAUUUCAGCAGGGAGUUGGCUGACUUUAUCAUUUACAUAAUUGACGUGUCUGGAGGUGAUAAGAUUCCUAGAAAAGGUGGCCCAGGAAUUACUCAAGCAGACCUCCUAGUCAUAAACAAGACUGAUCUGGCUGCAGCAGUUGGAGCUGACCUGGCAGUCAUGGAACGUGAUGCUCUUCGGAUGAGGGAUGGAGGUCCCUUCGUAUUUUCUCAGGUGAAGCAUGGUGUUGGUGUUGAGCAAAUUGUGAACCACGUUUUACAAGCUUGGGAAGUAGCGACAGGGCAGAAGAUCAAGUGUUUGUACCAGUACCACUUUUUAAGUUUGUACCAAACCCGUUGUAUAUCUAGCCAUUUUGCAAACCUUGACAAAGUUUUGGGUCUUCGCCCAAGAUUAAUAAUAAACUACGAAUAAAUAACCGGUUUGAUUCAUUGUUUUCUGCCUUGUUGUCUUUUUAACUAUUUUAGUUUGAUACACAUCUGGAAGCUUUGAGCCUUAAUGAAGUUUAGAGAUGUUGUACAGCUCCUUCCUAACAGAGAAAACAAGACCACCAGAUGUCUUGCACCCUCAAUAGCUUGAUCCAAAAAGAGCAGGCAUUACGAGGAUCACACCACACAAAAGGACCCACUAGUAUCAGGCCAUUAACAUGGUUUUCCAGUGUCAAGGCAAGGUCAAGAGAAGUGAUCAACCUGUUGGCCGUCAAGGAAAGUGAUCAACCGGUCAGCUGUCGCAUUCAGAUGAUCCACAACUGCCAUAUGCAAGUUGCAAGCCUAAGAGAUGACAACUCUGUUAAACAUUCUGCCAUGUUAAACUUUCCGGCAACUUAUUUACCUCAAUUCAAUGGCUGGAACCUAUGUAUAUACCACAGCAUUAGAAUGUUCUACUUACAUUUCUUCAUUUGUCUCUAGGAAUGGCGCUUGGUAUAUACUUGUAACCCAAUAUACUGAAAAUGAUUAUCCUCUUCACUGUCCUUA